AUGGACCGGCUCAAGCCCAAGCGAGCAGCACGCCGUGCCCAAGUAACGAGGAUAGUCAACGAGGUCAUCGACCUUCGACAGAAUCUCAGCGUAAAUAGGACCACGUUGAAUGGACUACUGGCUCGAUUGGAAGUGGCCGAUCGGGAACUCCGAAAGGUGAAUGAGGAGAUUGAAGUCUACAUCAAGGAGGACGAACUCGCAACAGAAUGCGAAACCGUGUUUAGUUAUGAGGAACAGGCGGCCAAUGCCAUGGCCGAGGUGCAAACCCGUCUAGCCGACCUUCACUCCGUGGAACAGCAGGCAACUUCGGUGACCUCAGAGGCUCUUUUGCCUGCCACGCCACGAGCCAGCGAGCAAGCUCCGGCAGGCGUCAAGCUCCCAAAGCUGCAACUGAUGAUGACUUACGGGGGCGAGCUCACCCAAUGGCAGAUAUUCUGGGAGCAAUUUCGCACUGCGGUGCAUGACAACCGGCGACUCAACAAGACUGAGAAGUUUCAGUACUUGACCACUUUGCUGAAAGGCCGAGCUGCAGCCGCCAUCCGUGGGUUGCAGGCAACUGCUAGCAACUAUGACGACGCCAUCGAGAUCCUGGUACAGCGUUUUGGAGAUACGUACCAGAUUGAGCGAGAGUAUCUGGCCAAGCUACGAACUUUGCCAGGGGUAAAGUCCCGAAGAGACCCGUCAGGGCUCCGACGUCUGUACGACCACGUUCAAGCCAAUGUUCGUGGCCUGAAAGCCCUGGGUGUAAUGACCAGCAGCUACGCACCAAUGUUGGCGGACAUCCUUCUGUCAGCGAUCCCUUCGGAAAUGGUUGUCGAGUAUCACAGGACCGUGCGGUAUGGAACGACUGCCCUCCGCGACACUACAGCCGUUCAGAGGGCGACGGCCACACCGGAAGCUCAAGUUGCUACAGCCGAGGGAGGGACAGAUGAGUUGACUAAGGUUCUCAACUUCAUUGGCAUCGAAUUGAAGAGUCUAGAGCGAUCGGGGGUCAAAGACUCCAAGCCGCCAUCGGGGACUAAACCGUACCAUGCCCAAGGAAGCAGGAGUGUUCCCACUGGGAUGGUUCUUCAAAGUACCACCGAGAGCGCUAUAAAGUGUGCAUUCUGCUCCUCAGUUCAACACGACACGGUAGACUGCCAAGAGAACCUACCAGUAGCCGAGAAAAUGAAGAGGCUGGCGAAAGAGAUGCGGUGCUUCCGGUGCACCAGAAGAGGACAUCGUUCAAGGUACUGUCGCGCCAAAGUGACCUGCAGCAGUUGUGGCAGCAGGCACGUUGCCGUAGUCUGA